AUGUCUCGCCGCGUUUUUCAGCUCAAGGGCAGCUGCAAUAACUACCCCUGGGGAAAGAAGGGGCAGCAAUCUCUAGCGGCCCGGUUGUGCAAGAAGACGGAUAAGGACUUCGAGAUCAAGGACGAUGAGCCCUACUCGGAGAUGUGGUUCGGGGACUACCCCGGCUACCCAGCUCGCGUGUUGAAGACCGGCGAGCUGCUCAAAGACGUGCUCGAGAAGAACAAGGAAACGCUGCUGGGCAGGAAGGUCAUUGAGAAACUGGGCGGCCAGCUACCCUUCCUCCCAAAAAUACUCUCCAUCGCCAAGGCCCUCCCACUGCAGAUCCACCCCAACAAGGAGCUUGCCGCCAAGCUACACGCCAGAGACCCGGACAACUUCCCCGAUCCGAACCACAAACCCGAAAUCGCCCUCGCCCUGAGCGAGUUCGAAGUCUUCGCCGGCUUCAAGCCGCUAGCUGAAAUCGAGCCCCUCUUCCAGCUCCCCGCGCUCCGCCCCUUCGUGCCGGCCGACACCACCCACUGGACCGACGCCACGCUCCGCGAGGUCACCCGCAACCUGCUCAAAGCCGACGCCCACACAGCCACGCACGUUUCCGACUCGCUCCUCACCACCCCGGCCACCGACCUCGACGACGCCGCGGGCACCAUCCCUACGCUCCUGCCGCGCCUGCGCGCGCAGUACGGGCCCGCAGACCCCGGCGCGCUCGUCGCGCUGACGUGCAUGAACUUCCUGGUCCUGGCUCCCGGCGAGGCGCUGUUCGUGCCCGCCGACGGCAUGCACGCGUACCUUAGCGGCGACGUCGUCGAGUGCAUGGCGCGCAGCAACAACGUGCUCAACGCCGGGUUCUGCCCGGCCGCAGAGCGCGGCAGCAUCGAUCUGUUCGCCGACGCGCUCAGCUUCCGCGCGCACGGGAGGGACGAUGUGAUGCUGCCUGCUAAGCCGACCGGGAAGAGCAGGACGGGACGGACAAGGGUGUAUGCGCCGCCCAUGAGCGAGUUUGAUAUGCUCCGGGCGGAGUUAAGGGCCGGGGAGGAGGAUGAGGUGGCCGAGAGUGACGGGCCGGCGGUGUUGAUUGUUACGCGGGGGACCGGGACGAUGGAGGCGGAUGGGCGGACGGUGGAGUUGGGUGAGGGCGCGAUUUGGUUUGUUGCGCCGGGUGUCAAGGUGCGAUGGGCAACGGAGAAGGGAAUGGAGGUUCAUAUGGCGGUUGUGUAA